AUGUCCCCAAAAGCAAGAUCAACAUCCACCGAUUCUAGUUUAAAUUUAAGCUUUCAAACCGCCCGCCUAUCCUUCAUGCGUCUAUGUCUUGCCGACACCCUCGCACUCCACGAACUCCGCACCGAGCCCGAGGUCAUGAAGUGGACUGUCCAAAAAAUCCCGGACGCGGGUCUCCAGCAGACGGAGAAUUGGAUCAGGGCCACGAUGACUACGGACACUUACCCCUUUACAUCUAGUUCAGAUCGGGAGUAUGCAGAGGAGGGGAGUCCUGUAAUGGACCAGACCGAGAGGCAAAGCCAAAGCAAUACCAAAAGCAGAAGCAAGGAGAAAUGGUUCUGCUUCGCGGUGCGGGAACUUGCGUACAUUCAGUCGCUUGAAAAUAAGGAUGACCCCCGGCAAGACCGCAUCGUCGGUAUAGUCGGGAUCAAAGAAGCGGGGUCUCCAAUUACAAAGAGACUCCAACACGAGCUCGGGUAUAUGUUUGUCCCUCGGGUUUGGGGGAAGGGGUAUGCAAGUGAGGCGGUGAAGGGUAUUGUGAGGUGGUGGUUCGGUUAUCUUGAUUCUCUGAAUUUUUCAGGGUUAGAGGAUUCGAGGGCGAAGGGUGGGAAGGAGGAUGGAGGGGAAGGUGAGGCUGUCGAUAACGAAAGGGUUUAUGCCAUUAUCUCAAAGAAGAAUGGGGCUAGUCGGAGAGUGCUGGAGAAGUGUGAAUUUCAGGUCGUUGGGAGAAGAGAAACCGAUGAUGUUGGGAGUGGUGAUGGGGAGGAACUAAUAGAGUUUUAUAUUUCCCGAGCUGAUGUGAUGACGGAGAGAACUUGA